CCUGCUUACUCCACUGCAGCGUUUCGAUGCAAGAGACGUUGGCGGUGCUAGAGAGCAAAUAUUUUAUUAUAUUCGGCGCUACAGAGACAAAAAGGUCAUCUAUUUUAAUGGUUGGAGUGGCUUUGGGGUGGCCCCGGUCCUGAGAUCCAUAGAACAAGAACUUCGGUCAAUCAAAGCUAAGAAAACUCCUCCAGAACUAUGCCUUGACAAAAUAGUUUACAUAGAUUGCUCAGCGUGGGAAAGUAAAAGGGUGAUGCAAAGGAAAAUCGCAGAGGAGCUAAAACUUGUCCCUGAAACAAUGGCCGUGCUUGACAUGCAGGAUGAGGAUGAUGACUUCAAUGGUGUGGACCAUGGCUCUAGGGAUGUGAUACCAAGUGUUUCGCAAGUGAUUGCCCGAACCCUGGUGGACAAAAAAUUUAUGAUGAUUUUUCUUAAUGGAAGUGACGAUGAGGUUGAUGUAACUAGGUUUGGUAUUACUCCUGGCUAUUGCGACCACAUAAUAUUAUGGACGUUCAAAAGACGGUCUUUGACCAUACAUAAUCGCCUUGAGGAGAUAGGAAGGAAGCUCAGAUACACCCAACUUCUUCUUUAUACCAGGUCGCUGGCCAGCGAAUUAACAAGUUCACAGUUUCAGUCACUGUUGCGUGAAGAAGCCGCCAACAUAGUCGCUCGCCAACCUUGGGUGCGAGGCAUUGACCUAAUAAUGUUAAUGGAAAGUUGCCUGUAUGAGUUGUUCUUGCAAUGUAGUUUUCACAGAAUCACUGGAUUUGCUUGGGUGGCUCAUGCUCCAAACUACUGGACCUGCGAUGGGAUCAUUAAGGCCGGGGACGUAACAAGGCAGAUUAUUGAUAGAUUGCAUCAGGAAAUACGUUGGGUGUGCGAUGCUCCUUUGCUUGGUUCAGUGUUUGCAAAACUCAUGGAAGAUCCGGAGGCUCCCUUUUUUGUAUUCAAAGAUGAUAUCUCCUUCCCCAAAAAGAGGCCACAUCGUUGGGUUUGUGUCACCUCGAAGAAUAUUACAGCAAUAGAUGAUACAAAAGAUAUAUUGGAAAGUGCAUCGUCUUUGUUCGUAGCGUUUGAAAAGUCGGAUAACCUGCAAGCCUUACCAAAUGGGUUUCUUACACAUUGCAGCAACCUUGGCGUGGUAAUUCUUUCUUGGUGUGCAUUCAGUUUUAUAUCACCUCCUUUCCUUCAGUGCCACAGAUUGAGAUUCCUCGGCUUGGAUCACUGCACAAAUGUCAACACAGUUGGGGUAGAAAACAAUACAGAUUAUUGGGUGUUUCUACAAAGCCUAUGGGUCCUUGACUUACGUUACACUGAAUGGGACGAUAUCUUAUCUGAAGGAAAGAUGGAGAUCAUGGCCAACCUCAGGGAGCUAAAUAUCGAGGGACUCAUGUGUUGGAAGUUAACAAGUAGAUUAUUGAGAAGGCUCCCUUACCUCCAAAAGCUUCGGAUAAUAAAACCUACUCACGAAGCAAAGACAACAAUAGAUUACUACAAUUCAUUUGUGGACAAAGUAGAUCUGGAAAUACUUGAUUUGUCAGGUAACAGAGAUAUGGAAAAUCUACCGACAAGCUUAUCAAUGGCAAAGAGCCUCGAGAUGCUUAUCCUUGAUGGUUGUGACGGCCUAGAGAAUGUUGUUGUGCCGAAUGGGCUUCCCUCUUCCCUAAGGUCAUUUAGCUUUGAUGGAUAUGGACCAGCAACCCAUUGGACAUCAUCUUUAUUUAAGUUGCAUCUAGAAUCUUCUGAGCCAAAGCAACUGCCUCAUGCAGAUAAUAGGGAUGUCAAAACCUCCAAGAUAUCCCUACAAGGAUGCACACAGUUGGAGAAUUUGUUUAUACGGGGGCUACCGAAUCUUGUGGAGUUGGACCUCUCAGAAUGUCCAAUCAAGGUACUUGACCUUACAACAAUGGUGGCAGAUGUCCCAUUGCUCAAGCGGCUCUUCCUUCUAGGUUGUGAGAAUCUCCGUGCAAUAAUAUGGGCCUCGCAUGAGCCAAUGAAAUGGAUAAAGCUAGAGUUAUUGUGCAUAGACACACGACCUAAGAGGGCACAUGGAUUUAUCCGGCCAUCUCUUGUCCAGUAUGAUCCAGAGAAACGAAAAAAGCUAGAGUUGCAUGCUAUUCUUGCAGACGCGAGGCUUGCUAGGUCCUUGAAUCGCCUUGUGGGUCGUUAUGCAGGUCGUUCAGUCUACAGGGAUAUUUAUUUUAAUAUCCACUUCACUUCUCUGGCUGAGUAUAGUGGAGGUGUUCAACUUGAAACGACCGGUAAGAAGAUGAUUGAACACAGUAAUCAGCAGCACUUUGCUGUAGUGAGCCGGUAUGGUGAUGUACUUUCCAAGAUUGGUGAUGCCCCGAUGCUGGUCUUCCCGCAGCCUCCCACUCAGCAGUUUGGUCAUCAUAUUGAGAUUAGUAAUGGGAGCCAUAACUUGGAGAAUGAAUUGAUACGUUAUGAUAAUUUAUCUUACCUAAUGGCAGAGCUCGCUAGAUCGUUGCAUGUGCAUGAUGCCUCGACGAGCGCUAGCAUGCCUGAACGGUAUAACCGGCAUCGCCUGAAGUGGUGCCGCUUGGAAAGGUGCCCCAACAUUGACACGGUCUUUCCCUCGGCUGCUCAGGAUUACAAAAAUGAACUGGAGACUGUUUGGAUAUCAGAUCUCCAGAAGGCCCGCAGCAUUUGGAGCAAAGGUUCCCGGUCACCUCCAUCCUUUGAAAAUCUGCAGCACUUGCACCUGCGCUCCUGCCCAAGGCUCCAGUUCGUUCUGCCCGUGUGGGUUGCCUCCUUCCCCAGCCUGGAGACCCUCCACAUUAUCCAUUGCGGCGACCUCACACAUGUCUUCGUGCUGGACGAGAAGUACCCGGAGGAGAUCGUCACCCACGGCGUACCGUUCCCGAAGCUAACCACCAUCCACUUCCACGACCUGCCGAAGCUGCAACAGAUCUGCGAGGUCAAGGUGCUCGCUCCCAAGCUCAAGACCAUCAGGAUCAGAGGCUGCUUUGGCCUGCGCCGGCUGCCGUCCUUGCAGGGCCGCGAGCCCGGCCUCAAGAAGCCGACCGUGGAGAUGGAGAAGGACGUGUGGGACGCGCUGCAGUGGGACGGGCUGGCCGCCGGCCACCACCCGGACCUCUUCGAGCCGCCCGUGCACUCACGCUACUACCGGCCGAGGCGCCUCCUCAGAGGCACCGUCCUCAGGUGAACCCUCAAGAUUUGGGCGCUGGGUUUCGUUCGUGACUUUGUGUCAUGGAUCAAAGUGGAUUGCUGGUUUGGUUUGUUCGUGAUGGCCGUUGAUUUGGUUUGCUGGUUUCAGCUACUGCCUUGGCUGAUUUGUUGUGUGAGGCACGGGGCCUCAGGUUGGCUCCUGUCUCUGCUGCUGAUGGCCGUGUUGGCCUAGCGGUUGCCGUGUGGUUUGGAAUAAAAUGGCGGCAUGGUUUGUGCGCCUGCACGCAUGUUUCGUUCAGGCAGUCUGACCCGGCCGGCGUGUGGCUUGCGGUUGGAAGUUGGAACAAUGAAGCAGCAGCUGGGUCUAGGUGCACGGUGUGCCACUGUCCACCUGCUGCAUGUGUGAUUGUUGUGUGGGUUUGAUUUGUUUGGAUUGAUGAGCGCCUGGUACGCCGUCAGGUGUAUGCAGUAGCUAAUGAGCAGCAGCUGUGUCCUCUGUGUGUGUUUGCUGGUCGUGGCUGCUCUCAGUUUGCUAUGUACUGUCUGAUGAACCAAGAGACGGCUGGUUUAAUUGAGUGCCUGAUUCAAGACUC